AUAUACCUGAAGUUGACCUUCCGUUCUGUGGUGCUAGGCUAGGCAUGAGUUCAGUGGCCUUCAUUGCCGUGCCGCAUAAAUUUCGUGCUUCGUGAUUCGCGAAACGAAAAUCCAACACGCGGAUGGAAUACUCGGGUGCCAUUUUGUUUUUUUAUGCUUAGUGAAAGUGGCACUCGUUGCAUAACAGUUAUAUUUUUUAAAUUAUAAUACUCAUUGUGCGUAUACAAUGAGUCUAUCAGAUUGAUAGAAAAACAAUUAAAUAUUUUUAUUUUAUUUGAGAUUCAACACAAAACCAUUUUGAAUACGUUAUUAAUACUCCUUUCAUUAUUUUAAGGUAAAAAGUGAAAGGAGAGAGGACAGGUGCUUCCGAAGACAAAGGAUAUUAAGGACAUAUAGCAUAUGGAAGACAAAGGAUUUGUCGCAGAUUGCCAUGGAGAAACCCUGAUCAUCUGCCGCCAUACGGAAGCCUUUGUCUGCUAAAUGCCCUCUUCGUCCACAACGGUAUCAGCGAUUAUUGCAGACAAACGCAAGCCGCACGAACUAUGGCCAACAUAAAUCUGUUCGUCGGAUAGCCCUGGUGUAUAAUCGACUCAACAAUCUUAAUUUAUUUCUAGUAUAAUUAAUUGAUGUGCAUAGUUUGUUUUGAUUUUAUUUAUAUUAUCUGUAUCGGGCUAUUGAAUCUCUGUUUAUGUUUUUUCCCCUUUGUAAGAUUCUGGGUUUUUGUCCGGGUUUGUUCCGGGUUUUGUUUUGUUCUGGGUUUUUGUUAAUUUAAUUCAAUAAGUAAUCAAACAAUAACUAUAUAGUAGAUAAAACAUUUUGUCAUCUCUCAUUGAUCGGACAGUUCAAACUCUCAUCACUAGCACAUGAACGAUUUUACAAACAAGAGAGAAGCAGAGUUAGGGAGAAAACCAGAGAGUAGAUGCGUUCGUUUGUUUUGGGUUGCUUUUGUUGGAAGCCUUCCUUCCGUAGCGGUAACUAUCGUACCGAAUGAAGAUUCGACUGCUGUUGCGUUGAAUUGGAAUGGCGCUGGAAUUGUAUGUACAGGUAUCGGAAAGAAGAACGCGAAGGUGUGGCGACUAGGAAUGUUUUUGACUCUUGCUUCGCUGUGAAUCAUCAUCAUCAUCAACAUCAGUAGCAGUAGCAAGCAGUAGGCAAGAGCAUGUGCUCUGCAGUGAAGACGCCGAGUGCUACGAUUUCAGCUCUGUGAGUUAUUUAGUACUCAGUGUGUGUGUGAUGCAGCAAAGAAAAGUUAGUUUUUCCUCGGCAUAUAUCAAUCAUCGAUUGUCAGUUUUCAUUUGACGGUAGGAAGAAGUGUUUGCGGAAAAAUAUUAGACGAACAAACGGUAUACAAUACAUAGUAGGUACAAGAAGCUUGGUAUAGUUUGUCUCGUGCUACGCAGUUGUUCUGUGUGCCUUUCUUGGUGUUUUGACGGCAAACUCCAGAGCAUACCUCCGGGAGAAUCAUUAUCGCCGGAAUGGCCAACAAGAUGUCGAGUUGAGCAGCACGCAACUGUGAGCAGUGUUUCCCGAGAUUAUUAGAGCAGAUACCUAUCUUCCGAGUGGAACAUUUAAUUUUCGUAGCGAAAAGUGUAACGAUGGCUGGCAAAUAUAGUGUCGUUUUCGUGCGCCACGGCGAAAGUGAAUGGAACAAGAUGAAUCUCUUCUGCGGCUGGCACGACGUGGGUCUCAGCGAGGAAGGCGAAUGGGACGCGCUGGAAGUGUCCGCAGCGGCGCUCAAACGAGAAAACAUCACCUUCGAUGUGGCGUUCACUUCCUGCUUGCGGCGCGCCAACCAAACGUUGGAAAUCAUUCUGAAGGAGUUAAAUCUUACGCACAUCCCGGUUCACAAGCUGUGGCGAUUGAAUGAGCGGCACUACGGGGCCCUAACGGGAUUCAACAAGCGUCAGAUGGCUGAUAUUUACGGUGAACCUCAGGUGCAAAUCUGGCGACGUAGCUUCAACGUUCCGCCUCCACCGAUCGAAUCGACCAAUCCGUACUACGGUGUCAUCCGGAACAAUCCCAGUCUGCGGCACAUUAACGAGGCUGACUUUCCCCAGACGGAAACGCUCGAAACCACGAUGCAGCGGGUAGUGCCCGAGUGGACCGAUACCAUCAUUCCUGAGGUGCGAGCGGGAAAGAAGGUACUGGUUGUGGCACACGGCACCAGUCUACGCGGAUUGGUUAAACAUAUUCAAGACAUUUCAGAUGCGGACAUUAUGAAGUUCAACCUACCGAACAGUAUUCCGUUCAUUUUCGACUUUGACGAGAGCAUGAAGAUGAUCGGCGGCAUCCGGUUUCUAGCCAACGAGAAUGCUGUGCUGAAGGCGAUGGAGAAGGUGGCUUCGAUCGGAAAGUAAUCGGGGCCUAAACCGGAUGGAGGAAGAAACAAGAAAUCGUAGGAACUCUACCUCAUUUUGAAUACGAACUUUUGUAUAUAUCAUUGUUUAAGCUUAGUAUUUUAGGAUAUUUUCGAAACUGGUGUAAAUUUGAUUUUAUGACAGCGUAUUGCCAUUGGCAUUGAGUAUGAGGUAGAAGCGUGUCGCCACGCUGAGUAUAUUAGGGACAUCCUUUGUUAGCAUGUAGCCACUCCAAUCAACAUCGAUAAUAAUUGUAAUUAUUUUAAUGGAGAAAUAUAUAAAUAUAUAUAUAUAUAUAUAUA